AUGACUGCGGCAGCCACCACAAAUGGUGCGAAUGGCACCAAGCCUACUGGCGGUCUGUCAGCAAACGACAACAUCCGCCGCUUCGCUGCACCAAGCCGACCUCUGAGCCCUCUCCCAGCUCAUGCUCUGUUCAACAACAAGACAAGAUGCUUCGUCUACGGUCUCCAGCCGCGUGCUGUCCAAGGCAUGCUCGAUUUCGACUUCAUCUGCAAGCGGACAACGCCCUCUGUCGCCGGCAUCAUCUACACAUUUGGCGGUCAAUUCGUCAGCAAGAUGUACUGGGGAACCAGUGAGACGCUGCUCCCUGUCUACCAGGAGGUUCCCAAGGCCAUUGCCAAGCACCCAGAUGUCGAUGUGGUUGUGAACUUUGCUUCUUCGCGAAGUGUCUACACCUCCACGAUGGAGUUGAUGGAGUAUCCUCAGAUCAAGACUAUCGCCAUUAUUGCCGAGGGCGUCCCGGAGAGGCGAGCCCGUGAAAUCGCCCACGUUGCCCAGCAGAAGGGCGUCACCAUCAUCGGCCCUGCCACUGUCGGUGGCAUCAAGCCCGGCUGCUUCAAGAUUGGUAACACUGGUGGCAUGAUGGAUAACAUCGUUGCCUCGAAGCUGUACCGCAAGGGAUCCGUUGGCUAUGUGUCCAAGUCUGGUGGCAUGUCCAACGAGCUGAACAACAUCAUCUCCCAGAACACCGAUGGCGUGUACGAGGGUGUGGCCAUUGGAGGAGACAGAUACCCCGGCACAACCUUUGUUGACCAUUUGCUGAGGUAUCAGGCCGAUCCGGACUGCAAGAUCCUCGUGUUGCUGGGCGAGGUUGGUGGCGUGGAGGAGUACAAGGUCAUCGACGCCGUGAAGCAAGGCAUUAUCACCAAGCCAAUCGUCGCAUGGGCCAUUGGCACCUGCGCGAGCAUGUUCAAGACCGAGGUUCAGUUUGGCCAUGCCGGCGCCUUUGCCAACUCGCAGCUGGAGACGGCCAAGAUGAAGAACCAGAUGAUGAAGGAGGCUGGCUUCUACGUCCCCAACACCUUCGAGGACAUGCCAGCUAUGGUCAAGUCGGUGUAUGAGAAGCUCGUCAAGAACGGCACCAUCACCCCUCAGCCAGAGCCUGUUGUGCCCAAGAUCCCCAUUGACUAUUCAUGGGCUCAGGAGCUUGGUCUGAUCCGCAAGCCGGCGGCCUUCAUCUCCACUAUUUCCGAUGACCGUGGCCAGGAGCUCUUGUACGCGGGCAUGCCUAUUUCCGACGUCUUCCGGGAGGAGAUCGGUAUCGGUGGUGUCAUGUCUCUGCUGUGGUUCCGCCGCCGCCUGCCCGACUAUGCUUCCAAGUUCCUGGAGAUGGUUCUUAUGUUGACCGCCGACCAUGGUCCCGCUGUCUCUGGCGCCAUGAACACCAUCAUCACCACCCGAGCCGGCAAGGAUCUGAUCAGUGCCUUGGUCUCUGGCCUGCUUACUAUUGGUUCUCGGUUCGGUGGCGCGCUGGACGGCGCCGCUGAGGAGUUCACCAAAGCGUUCGACAAGGGCCUUAGCCCCCGCGAGUUCGUCGACAACAUGAGGAAGCAGAACAAGCUCAUCCCUGGUAUCGGCCAUCGUGUCAAGUCCAGGAACAACCCUGAUCUGCGAGUCGAGCUGGUCAAGGAGUACGUCAAGGCGAAGUUCCCCAGCCACAAGCUUCUGGAUUACGCUCUCGCUGUCGAGACCGUGACCACUUCCAAGAAGGACAACUUGAUCCUGAACGUCGACGGCUGCGUGGCCGUAUGCUUCGUAGAUCUUCUCCGCAACUGCGGUGCCUUCAGCCCUGAGGAGGCUGAGGACUACCUCGCCAUGGGUGUCCUGAACGGUCUGUUCGUCCUUGGCCGCAGCAUCGGUCUCAUUGCGCAUUACCUCGACCAGAAGCGGCUGCGCACCGGUCUCUACCGUCACCCUUGGGACGACAUCACGUACCUUCUGCCCAGCCUGGGACAAACCGGACCCCCGGGCAGCGAGGGUCGUGUGGAGGUGCAGAUCUAG